AUACACGGUCCCGAAAACCAAGCUCUCCCCGUGAGACAGGGCCGAGCCGCAGGGUGGCGCUCGCGCCUAUAUAUCUACUUCGCCCGCGCGACCUUGCCACACACAACCCCACCACACCUCGGCGAGCUCCUCCCCUCGCGACCCGCGCAAACGCACCGUGAAAACCCAGCGUUUUCACGAGCUUUUCUUCCUUUUCCCUCGCGGCCGCGCGUACGUCCGUGCUCCCCAGCGUCGCGUUCUGUAGCCGCGCGCCCGGCCGGCGAUCGAUGAGGUCGAAGAAGAAGACGGCGUCGGCGUGGAGGUCCCUGCUGGGCGGGUGCCUCGGAGGCAGCGGCGGGGCCGGGGAGAGGCAGCAGAGGAAGGUGCGGCCGAGCGGGGGCGGGCAGCUGCGGCGGCUGUCGUUCACGGACCUGAGCGGCGCGGCGGACCAGGACCUGUCGGUCUCGCUGGUGGGCUCCAACCUGCACGUGUUCAGCGUCUCCGAGCUGCGCGCGGCGACACGCGGGUUCGUCUCCGGCAACUUCCUGGGCGAGGGCGGGUUCGGGCCCGUCUACAAGGGCUUCGUCGACGACGGCGUCAAGAAGGGGCUCAGGCCGCAGGCCAUCGCCGUCAAGCUCUGGGACCCCGAGGGCGCCCAGGGGCACAAGGAGUGGCUGGCGGAGGUGAUCUUCCUGGGGCAGCUGCGGCACCCCAACCUGGUGAAGCUGGUCGGCUACUGCUGCGAGGACGAGCACCGCCUCCUCGUCUACGAGUACAUGGAGCACGGCAGCCUCGAGAACCACCUCUUCAAAAAGAUCCCUGCCGUGUUGCCGUGGUCAACCCGACUAAACAUUGCGGUAGGCGCCGCGAAGGGUUUGGCGUUCCUCCACGACGCAGAGAAGCCGGUGAUCUACCGUGACUUCAAGGCCUCCAACAUCUUGCUCGACUCGGACUACAAGGCCAAGCUCUCGGACUUUGGGCUCGCCAAGGACGGCCCGGAGGGUGAUGACACCCACGUCUCCACCCGCGUCAUGGGCACGCAUGGCUACGCCGCGCCGGAGUACAUCAUGACGGGCCACCUCACCGCGAAGAGCGACGUGUAUAGCUUCGGCGUCGUGCUCCUCGAGAUCCUGACGGGCCGGCGGUCGGUGGACAAGACGAGGCCCAACAGGGAGCAGAACCUGGUGGAGUACGCGCGGCCGUGCCUGAAGGACCCGCUCAAGCUCGCCCGGAUCAUGGACCCGGCCCUGGAGGGCCAGUACUCGGCGCGGGCGGCGCACAAGGCGGCCCUGGUCGCGUACCAGUGCCUCAGCACCAGCCCCAAGAACCGGCCGGACAUGUCCGCCGUCGUGGAGGCUCUGGAGCCGCUCCUCGGCGUCACGGACGACGUGCCUGUGGCGCCCGUAGGGCUCGUGGGGCCUGUGGUGCUCUACGUGGCGGCAACGGAGGCGGCGGAGGAGAAGAAGGAGCGGGCUCCGAGGAAGGACAACCGCCGGCGCAGGCCCAUGUCGCCGAAGGUGAGCCCCAGGAAGCGUGGCGCGGCCAAGAACGAGGAGUUCUGGGUGUGGCAUCCGCCGGCCGAGGAGAAGGCGUGACACUGUCAAGUGUCAAUGUGCCUGCGUGCCAGCGACUCAGCGUGAGUGCUUGUGCGUACAUACGAGACAGUGAAGUGAUAUUGGUUAGGAUUGCACGCAUCCCUGUAAUUAUCUCCUUCGGCUUUCUUCGUUUCUUCCCGGUCUGUUGUUACAGUGAGAUGCAGAGUUCAGGUAAAAAGAAAAAACAGAGAGAUGCAGAGUGUGGCUCACAAAAAGAGCUAUUUAAUAUUGGAAGCUUUGUUUUCUCUACUCUCGUAUGCUUGUCUUCAGAUGAAGCAACAAUGAUAAGUGUACAGAAACACGUAUGUACAGGCCAUGGACAUGUGACAAAGGGGUAUAAACCUUGAGGAGCGAUUGCCGUCCUUGUCUUGAGGAGUAA